UUCCCCAGGAAAACACGGUAUCUGCAGACGCACUUAGACUUUUACCUCUUUCCUUUCCCCCUCCUACCCCUCCCUAGAGCUCUCUGGGCUUUGACGUCACGUGUGCUCCUUUCAGUUGCUAUAGCAACCCCAUUCCCCAAGCCCUCUGUCCGUCUCCUCUGGUAGGUUCCACAAUGGUACAGGCAGCAUCACGCUGCACAAUGGUUUCCAGGCAGUGAAAGAGGGUGAUUCAGCAAGGCACUCUUCUUCUGUUAAAAUCUUCCUUUUCUCUUUUUAUUUUUAUGGGGGUGAGUGGUGCUUGUUAUAUGCUUAUCUUUUUCUUUUCUUUUUACAUUUUUACAAAUUUCCUUUUUCCUCCUCACCCCUCAAUUUCUAGGGGCUUUGAGUGACUUUAAGAUUGAUUUUUCUUGGAAAUUACCUAUCCAUCGUUAAUUUUAAGCAAUUGUCUCACCUCUAAAGACUCUCUGCCUUAUAACAGUUUGGAAUGUGGUUAAUGAAAGACAAGUAGGGAGGAUUUUGGGGGCAAACACUGCCGGAUCAGGAUCGUAGUUCUCAGGCACGGAAUGGCUAGUGGGAGUAACACCAACAGCAGGACCAUCUUUGAUCUUCGUUAUGGCAACUCAUGCAAGAAGCUGUUGAAUUAGACCCAUUUUCCAUAGAUGAGAAACCAUACAAGCAGUGGUAUUUAUGAGCCUCCAUUUCUUGUACUACUGCAGUGAACCUACCUUGGAUGUGAAAAUUGCCUUUUGUCAGGUGUGUGUUCCUUACAGGUAAAACAAGGGAUUUGAUAAACAAGUGGAUGUGUCAUAUAUUGCCAAACAUUACAACAUGAGCAAAAGCAAAGUUGACAACCAGUUCUACAGUGUGGAAGUGGGAGACUCAACCUUCACAGUUCUCAAGCGCUACCAGAAUCUAAAGCCUAUUGGCUCUGGGGCUCAGGGAAUAGUUUGUGCUGCAUAUGAUGCUGUCCUCGACAGAAAUGUGGCCAUUAAGAAGCUCAGCAGACCUUUUCAGAACCAAACGCAUGCCAAGAGAGCUUACCGGGAACUGGUCCUCAUGAAGUGUGUAAACCAUAAAAAUAUUAUUAGUUUAUUAAAUGUUUUCACACCACAGAAGACACUGGAGGAGUUCCAAGAUGUCUACUUAGUAAUGGAAUUGAUGGAUGCCAACUUGUGCCAGGUGAUUCAGAUGGAAUUAGACCAUGAGCGAAUGUCUUACUUACUAUACCAAAUGUUGUGUGGCAUCAAGCACCUUCACUCUGCUGGAAUUAUUCACAGGGAUUUAAAACCAAGUAACAUUGUAGUCAAGUCUGAUUGCACAUUGAAAAUCCUUGACUUUGGAUUAGCCAGGACAGCAGGCACAAGCUUCAUGAUGACUCCUUAUGUGGUGACACGUUAUUAUAGAGCCCCCGAGGUCAUUCUGGGAAUGGGCUACAAGGAGAACGUGGAUAUAUGGUCUGUGGGAUGCAUUAUGGGAGAAAUGGUUCGCCACAAAAUCCUCUUUCCAGGAAGGGACUAUAUUGACCAGUGGAAUAAGGUAAUUGAACAACUAGGAACGCCAUGCCCAGAAUUCAUGAAGAAAUUGCAGCCUACAGUGAGAAACUAUGUGGAAAAUCGGCCCAAGUAUGCAGGACUCACCUUCCCCAAGCUCUUUCCAGAUUCCCUCUUUCCAGCCGACUCGGAGCACAAUAAACUCAAAGCCAGCCAAGCCAGGGACUUGUUGUCAAAGAUGCUAGUGAUUGAUCCAGCAAAAAGGAUAUCAGUGGAUGACGCCUUACAGCAUCCAUACAUCAAUGUCUGGUAUGACCCUGCUGAAGUGGAGGCGCCUCCACCUCAGAUAUAUGACAAACAGUUGGAUGAGAGAGAACACACCAUUGAAGAAUGGAAAGAACUUAUCUACAAGGAAGUAAUGAAUUCAGAAGAAAAAACAAAAAAUGGUGUCGUUAAAGGACAGCCUUCUCCUUCAGGUGCAGCAGUGAACAGCAGUGAGAGUCUCCCUCCAUCUUCGUCCGUCAAUGACAUCUCCUCCAUGUCCACCGACCAGACCCUGGCAUCUGACACUGACAGCAGCCUGGAAGCCUCGGCAGGACCCCUGGGUUGUUGCAGGUGACUAGCCGCCUGCCUGCGAAACCCAGCGUUCUUCAGGAGAUGAUGCGAUGGAACACACACACGCAUGCAAACACGCACGCACACACACAAAUGUAGACACACGAUGACAGGAAAAUGGCAAGGGAGAGAAUCAAAGCCUAAAAUCAAAACAAAUCUUUCAGCCUGCUUCUUCUCCAGAGUUCUGUAUCGCAGCUAAGCUCAAACAUAUAUUUAACUUCUAGUUGCUCUUGCUUUGGUCUUUUUCCAAUGAUGCUUACUACAGAAAGCAAAUCAAACAUGAUUAGAGAAGCCUUUUUCAUAAAGUGUAAAUUUAAUGGCUGAAAAACCAGCAAUCUGUAACUGCCCUUUCAAAUGGCAUGACAAGGUGUGCAGUGGCCCCAUCCAGCAUGUGUGUUUCUCUAUCUGGCAUCUACCUGCUCCUUUUGGCCUAGUCAGAUGGAUAUAGAUACAGAUUCGCAUGUGUCUGUAUUCAUACAGCACUACUUCCUUAGAGAUGCUACUGUCAGUGUCCUCAGGGCUGUACCAAGACACCACGCACUGGGGUACCACAUGGUCCAUUUCAUGUGAUCUAUUACUCUGACAUAAACUCAUCUGUAAUAUAUUGCCAGUAUAUAAGCUGUUUGUUAAUCAAUUAAGCUGUAUGUCUUAUAAGAAAACAUGUAAAGGGGGAAACUAUGGGGAGAGUGAGCUCUCUCAGACCCUUGAAGAUGUAGCUUCCAAAUUUGAACUGAUUAAAUGGCACCUGUAUACCAAUUUGUAGAAAGAACAUAUGUGAUGCUUAUGGACAGUGGGUGGGGGGAGGGGAAGAUUAUAGUUUUCAGGUAUGAAAUGGUUUGGCCUUUAGAAGGAAAGUGUGACUAAAAGCUGAGGGUCUUUUCUCUGACAGUGAACAGGUAGGGAAAACUAGACAGUAGUGUUACAAUGUUGAUUAAGACCUAAAAGAGGUUAUUGCCCAGAUAUUAGAAGACACCGACAUCCGUAUUUUAGAAUAGACAUAGUUUGUCAUUUCCAAAUUACAUGUCACAAUAGGAGGCUACUGGAGAGGGUGGCAGGUGGUAAAGCAGGGUUAUAUAUAUUUAGUGACAAGAAUCCCUCCUGGAAAAGAGCAGAAUCACCUCCUUAUGAUUUCCUUAAUAGAAAAUACGCCUAUUUCAGAUUGUGGAUUGUGUUUUUCAUGAGUGUGUUGCUUCUAAGGGUCUGUCCUACCAAGAUUCUAUUUUGAAAGGAAAUCUUAUUUUCCUCUUCUGGAAUAAAAAUGAACAAAUCAAUUAAAAUAAAGUCCCAAGAAGCACAAGGUGAUCCUCAGGUUCGCAUUUGCAAACAUCUCCACAGACAUUUUUCUCUUAUCAGUGGUUUGCCCGACUCAUUAAUAUGGCUGAUGUUUCAUAUUUAUUCAUUUACGUUCAUAAGUUUGACCAAUCCAAAAAGGGCUGAUAAUCUGAGUUUUGUAACAGCAGUAAAUGCGACAGCAAUAACUCUGCCAGUAAGUUACUGCUACUAAAUAGCUUUAGCAAUAUGAAUUUGUCUUAAAAGCCAUGAAGCAUUAAUGUCCCAAAUCACCUGAAUUUAUCUCAACUCAAAAGAAAGUGCUUUCCCAAGCACUUACAGAGUACUGUGAAACAUCUCAAUUAUAUACAAGGCAAUACCAGGGUGACUUCACAGCAAUAAUAGGUACUAGCUACAGGCUUCCCUUUUUACUCACUCUGCUGAAGUAUCCAUCACAGUCAUUUGAACUAUGACUGUUUUGGUGCUCACCAAUAUUGUGUUAUUUUACUGGAAGAUGAGAAAUGUAUGAAAUGGAUGGUUGAUGAGUGUGAUAGGACUGACAAGUGGAAUCCCAUCAAGAAAUAGAGCAAACAGAAAUGCUCUGAAAACUGCCUUAAAUACCAUAGGGAAACUGUCUCUCUUUUCAAGCAAUAGAACUAAUUGGGAACUACACCCCCCACACACCAUGUGAGGAUACUGCCACUUAGGAGAUUGAUUGAUUAAAAGGGGUAAUUGGUUUAAGGUGGAGAGAAAAACAUUCAUUAGACUCUGAAGCUUGUCCCCUGUAUUAAAAGUGGUUCAGUUUCUUUA